AUGGAUACGGCAGCUUUAGAAAUUGAACUCUUAGAAUUAUUAGAAGAUGAAGGACUGAAGCAGUUCAAAUACAGUUGUCAUUCUUUGUUGGAAUUUUGGAAACAUGUGCCUGUUAUUAAAUAUCCAAAAAUUACUCUUUGCGCUCAAAAGUUAAUAUCGAUUUUUGGAACAACAUAUUCUUGUGAGUCUCUAUACUCAACCAUGAAAAUGAUUAAAUCUAAACAUCGAUCAACAUUAACGGAUGAUCAUUUAACUGAAUUGUUAAGGACUGCGUUAACAACAUAUAGUCCUGAUUUUAAAAAGCUUACAUGCAAAAUAAACACACAACAAAUAAGAAAAUAG